GUUUUGUUUUCGAGUGGAAGUAAUCGUAUCAAGUAGUAUAGUACUCAAAGGGCGCGCAAGAUCGCAAGAAUUUGCUUGAUUUAUCUUUCUGUCUGUCGUCUGGGCCUGCGAAAUCGGUCCCAGAAUUUGGGGUCACUUUCCAGAGCGGUGGGGCAAGGACAGACCGGAGAAGAACAUGGACAAGACUCGGAGAACUCGCUUGCUGAGAAAUGAGGGGGUCUCUUGCCCCCCAUUUCUUCCUUCUUCUUGACUCGGGUCGGCUGUUGUCUUCUUUCUUCCAUUCUGUCACCAGACCAGAACACUCAAGCCCUUUCAAUCAUCAUGGCCCCUCAACUCCACCGUAACCCUCCUUUCCGUGCUGAGCACCUCGGCUCUCUCCUCCGGACGGAGGAGCUCCUCAAGACCAAGACCGCUUUCGAGAAUGGCGAGGUUUCUGAGGCUCAGCUCGAUGCUAUCGAGAACAAGGAUGUGAAGGAGGUCGCGGAGACCCAGAAGAAGUUGGGUUAUGCCGCCAUCUCCGACGGAGAGUACCGCCGUCACAUGUUCUGGGGUUCCUUCUUCCCUGGACUUGAGGGAUUCGAGGAGGUUAGUGAUGUCGAUGCUGAUGUCUUCCGCCCCUACGCCCCCGAUGUUGCCGCGUUCCUCGAGGCUGGUCACAAGCCUGGUGAGACCGUUAUCUGCACCGGCAAGAUCAAGCACGUCGGCAGCACUUACACCAAGGAGUUCAAGUACCUGGCCAGCGUUGUUCCUCCCGAGGAGGUCAAGAACCUCAAGAUCACCCUUGCUGCUCCUAACUGGUACCACUUGCGGUACAAGGAGGGCAAGGCUUACCCCAAGGACGUGUACAGCUCCGACGAGGAGUACUUCGGUGACAUCGCCAAGGCGGUUCAGGCUGAGCUGCAGGAGCUGUAUGAUGUUGGCUGCAGGAACGUCCAGUUCGACGACCCCAACCUUGCUUACUUCUGUUCCGAGAAGAUGCUUGCUGGCUGGAAGGAGGACCCUCUGAACGUUCGCUCCGCCGAUGAGACCUUCGAGCAGUACAUCAAGCUGUACAACGACAGCAUCUCUAAGCGCCCUGCCGAUAUGCACAUCGGUGUGCACCUUUGCCGUGGUAACUUCGUUGGCAGCCGUCACUUCUCCGAGGGUGGCUACGACCGCAUUGCCACCAAGCUCUUCAAGGAGCUCAACGUUGACACCUACUACCUCGAGUAUGACACCCCUCGUGCUGGUGGCUUCGAGCCCCUGAAGGAGCUCCCUACCCACAAGAACGUCAUCCUGGGUGUUGUGACCAGCAAAUUCGCUGCCCUCGAGGACAAGGAGGAGAUGAAGAAGCGUGUCUAUGACGCUGCUAAGUUCAUCGCUGAGGGCAACAACAUCUCUCUCGAGGAAGCCCUCAACCAGGUCGGUGUCAGCCCCCAGUGUGGCUUUGCCAGUCACCGUGAGGGUAACGCCAUUGACCGCGAUGGCAUGAUCGCCAAGCUGAAGCUUGUGCGCGAGAUCGCCAACGAUAUCUGGCCCGGCCAGCUGUAAAUAUACCCGUCGUGAAUGGCCGCGACAUAACACUCCUGUCGAUUCAACAACGAAAGGGAGUAUGAAUGAAUGUGACGACUUUAGCGUUUAGGAUACCAGUUAUUUAACAUAUG